AAUAACCACAUCCUGUUGUGCUGAGCACUUGUCUCUGGCAAAGCGGAGGCUGCUAGGAGGGUGAUGGAGGCCUCGAGGGAACAAAGGAUGUUCCUUGUGCUGGUCCUCCUGUUCUUGGGCCGAACCGAGCAAGCCACAGAGAGUUCUCCACAGCAAGACCUGGAGUGCAUCGUCUUCGAUUAUGAAUACAUGGACUGUGACUGGGGCAGCAAACAGAAGCCUGCAGGAAACUAUUCCCUCUACUACUGGUAUGAGUCUGACAAAGAAAAGCAGUGUGAGAUUUACCUCCAGAGUGGUGAUAUUAACACUGGAUGCCGCUUCCGUGAGAUUAAACCGUUUAAAUACUUUCACAUUUAUGUCAACACAAGUGACGGUACGAAGGUUUUCCAAAAAGAAAUGCAGUUGCAGAACCAAGUGAAACCCAGUCCACCCAUUGACUUCCGCUUUGAGGAGAAGAGCAACAACCAGCUGCUACUGUCUUGGGGUUCAGCCAGCCCCAAAAACCACUGCUUGGAGCAUUAUAUCACGUAUAAAAGCAGCAAGGACAAAAAAUGGCAGGAGGUGAAGACCAAUGAUAUGAAGUACAGCGUAGCCAGUGUGGAUCCCAAAAAGCUCUACACGUUCUAUGUCAAGUCUAAAGUAAGGUCUGUUUGUGCAACCACAAACUUUUGGAGCGAUCCAGCCGGUCCUUUAUUCUGGGGGAGAAACACCACCAGUGAAGAUGACCCUCCUGUCUCAAUCUGGAUACAGAGAAUCAUCAUCCCUGUAGGUUCCGUCCUCCUCCUGCUUCUCCUCCUCUUGAUCCUAAUGCGCAUGGAGAGAGUUUGGCUGGUACUGAUGCCCAGGAUUCCCAACCCCAGGAAUAAAUUUGAAGAUCUUUUUACUGCGCACCAAGGCAAUUUCUCGGAAUGGGCAGGGGUCUCCAAGGAUGCAGUGGAGAGCUUCAAGCCCAACUAUCGUGAAAGCAUUUGCUGUGUCAGCGAGCUGUUCCCUGGUGGGGGCUAUUUACCCAUCUGCAACAAUGCCAUGGGCAAGGCUGGAGGAGUGGCUGGCAUUCCUGCAGACCCUACCCUCAAGGUCAACAUCGAGUAGGGCCUGUGGAACAGCCACUUGUGGGUCUGUCAUGCUCCCUGGCUAGGAGCUUCUGAGGCUAUUGCCCGUCUUUUUAGAGAACCUUUCCCCAAAAGCAUUGACCCCUUAGAAAUCCUUGAUCCCUCAGCCAGCCCAUCUAUAGAUACAGCCCUGCCAAGUGUUCUUUUACGUCUGCAGGCUUAGGAACAGGGUUUAAGGUCCUUCUUUCUCCAGCACUUGCUCUUUUCCAUCCCUUAUCUUUCCUCUGCUUGGCCUCCAAGCUGCUUUUGUUUUCAGUUUAGUUUAUUUGGUGCUAACGGCACAUUUGCACAGUAUGUCCAAAACGCACUCAUCACACAUUUGAAGCACAUAACUUUCCUACAAAAAAUACUGGGCACUGUGGUUUCCCCUGCACAGAGCUAUACAAAGUAUAGCUUCCAUGAUUCUCAAGGGGCAAGUAGUGUGCUUUUAAUGUAUGUUGUGGAUCAACCCCUCUAGCCCUCAGGUACAUUGUAGGGUUAUCAAGUCUUCCACAGUAUACAUAAUAUUCACAAUAUGCAUUCUCACAAAUUGUGCCUUAUGAAGUAAGAAUAUAACAAAACAGGUGAAUGCUCAGAAGCAGUUGGAAAAUGCAUAGUUUUAACUCUGAAUUCAUCUUCCCUUUAAUCGCUUUGGCCUGGUUUUGAUGGCUAUGGAGAAGAACUUGGCCACAUUUUCUGUACAUACCACACAUUUAAAGCACAUGCUUUCCCUCAAAGAAUCCUGCGAACUAGUUUCUUAAGGGAGCUGGGAAUUCCAGCUUGGGGGGGGGGGCGUAAUUACAGUUCCCAGAAUUUUUUUUGCAGAAAGCCAUGUGCUUUGGAUGUGCUUUCGGUUUAUAGUGUCUGUGCAUCCUUAGGUUUGGAGUUGGCCGUUAAAAAAAGAAAGAGAGAAUUCUCCCGAGGCUGUGUAUGAACACUGUACCUUUGAAAAACAUUCGAAGCUCAUUCUUUCCCCCAAAGAAUUCUGGGCAUUGUAGUUUGUUUAGGGUUACUGGGAGUUGUAUCUCUGUGAGGGGUAAACUACAGUGCCAAGAAUUCUUUGAGGGAAAGAAUAUGCUUUGAAUGUCCUUUCAAGAUAUAAUGUAUAGAGGAAUUUAUUGAGAAGAUAAAUUGGGAUCUUUUAGUCCUAUAAAAUAUGGAGGAUAGAAUAACAUGUGGAUAAGACACUGACAUAGCAGCUUUGGUGAGGGAAAACUCUCAGGCGUCAUCUGUUUCUAUUCCAACCCAUGAAAUUUCUGUUGUCCUUCUUCCUGCUGUGCACUGCUUCUUCUGCUUCCUCUGAUGACCAUAUGCAGACACAUCACUAUUAUGCCUAAUAAAAAGGAUUGAUUUGCCUCAU